CGCUGUUUUGUUAAAGCUUUUCAAAUACAUAGAUCCAUUGUUCCACUUAGCAACACUAUAUCAUAUCGGUUUGGAGUUCAGGCCGAUUGGCUUAUAGCAGUUAUGAUCAAUUUGGCUCAGCUGUGGUGAUUUUGGAGCGCGAUAAAUGGAAUAAACAUUGUUCGGGACUGUAAAAACUGAAAUCAACGCAUUUAAAAGAACAUCAAACAAUUCUUAACUGGCCCUAGAGGAACUGUGUACGCCUGAUUUUUAUAAAGCGAAACUCAUUGUGGACUAAGUGUUUUGGUGUGUGUUUUAGACCGACCCCAGCAGGAAGUGUGACCCCAGGAGUGCCGACUGUGCGAUCCACCCCGAGACCGACCCCCGGAGCGACUCCAUUCUAACCCUUCUACACGAAUAUCAAACCAUUUCCAAUAUGGCAGAGGAACGACAGACGAAAUCAGCCGCCAGCACCAAACGACACAACAAACUAUACCGUACCCCACCCACCCCUCCACCUGAGGAGUUUAUGAGGGAGGAACGAGGGUUUAUUCUUGAUUGCCAGGCCGUCAGUAGCAUAUCGUGUGAUUUUUCUAAGGCAAACCCCAAGUUAGGGCCAGUUAUUCCUCCUUAUAAUGCACAAAAAGAUCCACAUGUUGGUAAUUAUUUCAAAUUUUCGGGCGUCAACAAAACACUUAAGAAAACGGGACAGACCUUUCCGGGCACUUCUAUUGACGGUCAUGUGAUGGACUACUUUGAGGAGAAGGGUCCCGGCUUCCAGUACGUGAAUCUAAGGAACGACGCCGGAGCUGGAUAUUCCAGCGAGCUGUGUGACGGUCAUGCGCAGUUCAUGCAAGGCAUCAAACCCGUGAUUGGUUACAAUGGACAAUACGGCUUCCGGAGAAAUACCCCAUGGCUCCGGCAAAGUCCGUCUCCGUUCGGAACAGCGAGUCGGUCCCCUGCCCAUGAAAUAACGGUUGUUCCUCGGGAGAGGAAAAUCGUCCAGGCAAAGUGAAAAUGUAUACAGGACAUACAUGUUUAAGACAUUGAUUCGCAGUUUUGUUCUCAUUUGCAACAAUUUUGAAAAUAUUCUUCUUGCUUGAAUAUGUACCUAUGAGAAAGGGUGGGUGGGAUAAUAGUUAUCGUGUAUAAAAACUGCCGUUUGACUGUUCUAUAGAUAUAUGUAUUAAUUCCAAUCCUUUAUUUCUUUACACAUAAUAAUCGUCCAGUAGGAACUAUCAAGUAACACUAUAGAUUUUUACAGAAUUUUCAAUAAACCUAUCAAUGUUCAAUUCAUAAUCCGAAUGAUUACACAUGAGUGUGAACAGUUGAAUACUUUGAACUCUUAUUCACAAUGAACUUUAAGCUAUUCAACGUUUAAUUAGGAUGAUUAGUUGUAGUCUUUGAUUUAUAUUGCUGGUCAAAGGACAUUGUCAAUAUACUUGUUCUUCAUUUUGUCUACCUUAAACGUCAGCAUGUAUUCUGAAAGCUGAGUUGUUUUACACAGAAACUAUUAGUAAUUCAUUGUGUGUACAUGUAUUUGUAUUUGUGUAUAAUAUAUAUACUGAACUUUA